ACUGUUUUUGUCUCUAUACAGUCGUCAACGUGUCCUCUGGAGUGACAUACACCCGCUUGGCUAUCUAUUGGAACAGUCUUACCAGGACAAUUCUGUCAUGUGGGCUUCGGAGAAAUGCAAUGAGUGGAUUACAGCAGACAACGCCAAGGGCGCCUUUCUUAAUAACCUACCGGCUUGCCCGUGCACCCUUGACCAGGCUGAGCAGGACGUCGGGAACUUCAUCACUGAUCCAUCAUGCUAUCCAGAGGGCGGAGAAGACACUUGCGCCGAGCACGAAGGAGCCAUAUCCUGCUUCUUCAGCGCUUAUGCAAGCCCUAACACAAUGUCUGGAACCAAAUGCUGCUACGAUGCAAACCGUCUAUUGAUGCACUCCGGGGAUACCAUGUAUGCCGGUAUGGCCGGUCGGUCCCAUAUUCGCGGUUCCAAUCCCUACAUGGCGAGGAACCUAGUCCCGGAACUGUCCCAUUGGUCUAAUGACAUCAUCGCCAAACACUUCUGUUGUGGCUGGGCUGGGGAGAAGGAAUGCUUUGACUACAUCACAUUGAGACCUACCACCGAUUGCGCCAUUUACGAACCCCCAAAUAACGCAUUAUCGUUUGGAGAUCCCCAUUUCAUCACGAUGGAUAGGUACAACUAUACAUUUAAUGGUUUAGGCGAAUUCACCCUUCUCCGUUACGCUACAAGUGGGACAAAGACCGGUGCUUCUGACUUUGAGCUUCAAGCAAGGCAGAUAAAGACUAUGGAUAGGAAUGGUCAACAGGUAGACGUUACACAGCUGUCGUCGGUAGCAAUGAAGGACAGCGGCUCGGACAGUAUCUUCGUUGAGGCGAGCGCAACCAGCGGAAUGGACGUCUACAGGAGGAGCAUGGAUGAAAACGACGAAUGGCAAUCGGUGUACUUCUCACAGCAGACCUUCACCGAUUUACAAGGGUGUGCCGUGGAUGUCACAAGGUUUGAGCGCGAUGUCGAAAUCUACGGUGUGGUCGUCAUGUUUAAAGAAACCGGCAUCGGGGUCUACGUAACCUACGACUAUGGAAUGCUUGCUGUACGACCGAUCCUCCCUUCAAAGUUAAAUAGCGAUCAUCUGUCUGGGUUGCUAGGCAACAUGGAUGGUGACCCUAGCAACGACCUGUCGAGCAGAAACAAUAACAACCCUCUUGAUGACCCGACCGAUGAAGAGAUAUUCCAGUUCGGUCAAACAUGGGAGAUCGAAACUGAAUACAGCCUUUUCCGUUAUGUGUCUGGCCUCACCCACGUCGAUUACCACAACUCGACCUUCGUACCCCUUAUGAACGUCAACCUCCCCACCCUUUACCCGGCCUGUAACGAGGUCAGCCAGUGUCUGUUCGACUAUGAGGUGUCUAACGAUGACGUACAGCUUGCCAUGGCUACGCUGGGUGCCUUCGAAGCCUUCGAGAGCAGCUCUGAAAAUAUUAGAAAAAUCGACGCAUGUCCAUAUCAAAUUACACCCUAUAAUGGUACGAAGACGUACUCUUCAGAUUCGAAUAAAUACUUCGAGGACGCCGAGGUCUCAUUCACCUGUGACGAGGGCUUGAUUAUGGUCGGGUCAUCCUACAAGCGAUGUGCGUACAGCGCAGAGGAGGGAAGCUUGAUGUGGACCGGAUCAACAGGCGAUAACGCAUGCAUUGAGUCGUCAUGCGGCGUCCUGGAGACACCCUCCAAUGGCUCGAUCUCCCUCAGCGAAGAUGGCCUAACAGCGACAUUUGCUUGCCAGGAAGGGUUUACCAUGAACGGCGGAAGUGAAUCGGUAUGCCGAGACGCGGUGUGGAGCAGCGGCGCCCCGACUUGUAUCUACUCGCCAUGCGGCGUCCUGGACACACCAUCCAAUGGCUCGAUCUCCCUCAGCGAAGAUGGCUUAACAGCGACAUUUGCUUGCCAGGAAGGAUAUACCAUGAACGGCGCCAAUCAAUCGGUAUGCCGAGACGCGGUGUGGAGCAACGGCGCCCCAAAUUGCACCGACUCGUCAUGCGGCGUCCUGGACACACCAGCCAAUGGCUCGAUCUCUCUCAGCGAAGAUGGCCUAACAGCGACAUUUGCUUGCAAGGAAGGGUUUACCAUGAACGGCGCCAAUCAAUCGGUAUGCCGAGACGCGGUGUGGAGCAACGGCGCCCCAAAUUGCACCGACUCGUCAUGCGGCGUCCUGGACACACCAGCCAAUGGCUCGAUCUCUCUCAGCGAAGAUGGCCUAACAGCGACAUUUGCUUGCAAGGAAGGGUUUACCAUGAACGGCGCCAAUCAAUCGGUAUGCCGAGUCGCGGUGUGGAGCAACGGCGCCCCAAAUUGCACCGACUCGUCAUGCGGCGUCCUGGACACACCAGCCAAUGGCUCGAUCUCUCUCAGCGAAGAUGGCCUAACAGCGACAUUUGCUUGCAAGGAAGGGUUUACCAUGAACGGCGCCAAUCAAUCGGUAUGCCGAGACGCGGUGUGGAGCAGCGGCGCCCCGACCUGCACCACUGACCCAGACAUUGAUCCCAUCCCAGGCGACAAUAACGCCGUCGUCAUCGCUCUCAGUGUGGUCUUUUCCAUUAUCUUUAUCGUACUCCUCGUCGUUGGCAUAUUCGUGUUUCUGCGACAUCGGCAAUCGGGCCUGUUCAAUUCCGACAAACAAGAACCACAUAACAGUCCGACCAUUUCCACUAAUGGAAUGGAGAACGACGCAAGUAACCGCGAGCAUAUCUCUAUGGAUUUAAAGAAAUGACGCAAUCUUGCGCCAUGUGAGAGCGACAAAGUUCAAGAUUGAAACAAAAUACAAAAUAUAAAAUUCACAUAUUACAUAAUGUACGUUGAAUCAAGAGCGGAAGGGGUUAAAGGUAGGCGUUACUACUGCAGCUAGAAGGGAUUGGACCACACAGCGAGCCAACGAGGUCACUGUGACAGGUGGCUAUCUC